UGAAAGUUAUUUAGUUCAUAAGUCGGACACUUCGACAGGACGACGCGAUCGCCGUAAUUAAGUUAGUGGAAAAGUAAAUAGUUAACGCUGUUACACUUGCAAACUUAAACAUACGAAAUUUACACGCACACCCAUACGCACUCAAACGAAAGCCCACUCAGGCACUUAUCACACCGGUAUUUAUUUAAUUUGCACAAAUUGAAAGUGAUCAUACCAAAUUUAUUACAAAAUAAUACAAUAAUUUCAUUGCCGCGGUGCGAAUCAGAGCGGUGAGUGAGGUGCAGUGAAAUGGUUGGGAAGCAUCGGAUUGUCGUCGAUCAGUGUCGUGCAGGCACCACCAACAUCUAUCAAAACUUGGAAAAGACAUCCGUUUUACAGGAGACACGCACUUUCAACGAUACUCCGGUCAACCCACGAAAAUGCAUUCAUAUCCUUACGAAAAUUCUGUACUUGAUCAAUCAGGGCGAACAAUUGGUUGCUCGUGAAGCUACUGAUUGCUUCUUUGCAAUGACAAAAUUAUUCCAAUCGAAGGAUGUCGUUCUGCGACGUAUGGUUUAUUUGGGAAUUAAGGAGCUCAGCUCUAUUGCAGAGGAUGUUAUAAUUGUAACAAGUUCCUUAACCAAGGAUAUGACCGGUAAGGAGGAUCUAUAUCGUCCAUCCGCUAUACGUGCACUUUGCAGCAUUACGGAUAAUACAAUGUUGCAAGCGGUUGAACGUUAUAUGAAGCAAUGUAUCGUGGAUAAGAACUCUGCUGUGUCAUGUGCCGCACUUGUAAGUUCGUUGCGUCUAGCUAGCACAGCUGGCGAUGUGGUAAAGCGCUGGGCAAACGAAGCACAAGAGGCACUUAACAGCGAUAAUAUUAUGGUGCAAUAUCAUGCAUUGGGAUUACUCUAUCACAUACGUAAAUCGGAUCGCUUGGCUGUGUCCAAAUUGGUGAACAAAUUAACACGUAGCUCCAUGAAGAGCCCAUAUGCAGUUUGCAUGCUGAUUCGUAUAGCUUGUAAGCUUAUUGAGGAAGAAGAUGUCUCUGCGGAAGACAUGCCCAACUCACCAAUGUUCACGUUUAUCGAAUCAUGUUUGCGACACAAGAGCGAAAUGGUCAUCUAUGAAGCUGCGCAUGCCAUUGUCAAUUUAAAGAACACCAAUGCGCGUGUGCUGUCUCCAGCCUUUUCAAUUUUGCAACUAUUCUGCAGCUCACAGAAAGCCACUUUACGAUUUGCAGCUGUACGUACCCUCAACAAAGUUGCAAUGACCCAUCCAGCUGCUGUAACAACGUGCAAUUUGGAUUUGGAGGGUCUUAUAACCGAUACUAACCGCUCAGUGGCCACACUGGCUAUUACAACCUUGCUAAAGACCGGUGCUGAAUCGUCCGUUGAACGUUUAAUGAAACAGAUUUCUUCCUUCGUUGCUGAAAUAUCAGAUGAAUUUAAGGUGGUAGUUGUGCAAGCCAUUUGCGCACUCUGCUCCAAAUAUCCACGCAAGCACACGGUUUUGAUGAAUUUCCUCAGCGGUAUGCUGCGUGAAGAAGGCGGUUUAGAAUACAAAAGAUCAAUUGUAGACACCAUUAUAACGAUUAUUGAAGAAAAUGCUGAAGCAAAGGAAUCGGGUCUGUCGCAUCUUUGUGAAUUCAUUGAAGAUUGCGAACAUGUAUCACUAGCAGUGCGUAUUCUUCAUCUGCUAGGCAAGGAGGGGCCCUUUGCCAACACACCAUCCAAAUAUAUACGCUUUAUAUAUAAUCGCGUUAUAUUGGAGAGUCCCAUUGUACGUGCCGCUGCUGUUACAGCACUGGCACAAUUUGGUGCCUCUUGUCCGGCACUCAUACAUAAUAUUUUGGUAUUGCUGAGCCGUUGCCAAAUGGAUCCCGACGAUGAAGUUCGCGAUCGUGCCACUUAUUAUUUGCACAUUUUGCAAUCUAACAAACCGGAACUCUACAAGCAUUACAUCAUUGAGCGCGAAACAUGUUCGUUGACAUUAUUAGAAAAAGCAUUAAAUGAGCAUUUGAAUGGUGAUUUGGCUACUUCGUUUGACAUAUCGAUUGUACCGAAAACCGCUAUUGUCAAAGAGGAAGUUGUCAACGAAGCUAUGCUCAUUUCAAAUAGUAAGUAUUUUUCAAUUUUGAUCCACAUCGGUAUUUCAACGAGUUUGUUAUUUAUUUUUUUAGCACCACGUGCGCCCAAGAUCACACGCGAGGAGGAAAGUGCUGCACGUCUGUCACAAUUACCGGGCAUACAAGUACUAGGACCAAUUCAUCGUACAGCAACACCUAUACAGCUUACCGAGAGCGAAACAGAAUACACUGUGCAAUGCAUUAAACACAUAUUCGCCAAUCACAUCGUAUUCCAGUUUGAUUGUCUUAACACCCUCCCUGAUCAAAUAUUAGAAAAUGUGCGCGUAGAGCUAGCCAUACCAGACGGAUUUACAACACGCGCCGUUAUUCCAUGUCCAAAAUUGCCUUACAAUGAGCUGCAAACGACGUUUGUCAUUGUCGAAUUUCCAUCGGAUAUUGCCAGCUCGGCAGCUACAUUUGGCGCGAUAUUGCGUUUUGUGGUAAAGGACUGCGAUCCAAAUACUGGAGAACCCGACUCAGACAAUGGUUAUGAAGAGGAGUAUAUGUUGGAAGACUUGGAAAUCACAGUUGCUGAUCAAAUACAGAAGACGAAAAAGAGCAAUUUCCAAGCCGUUUGGGAUGCCGCAGACACAGAAGAGUGGGUUGAAGCUGAAGAUACGUAUUCUCUAUCCGCCGUGAGCACAUUACAGGACGCGGUAAAUACCAUAUUGAAAUUCCUUGGUUUGGGCGCUGCCAAUCUGUCUGAGAAGGUGGCUGAGGGAACGCAUACGCACACCUUACUAUGUUCAGGCACAUUUAGAGGUGGAGCAGAAAUAUUGGUGCGUUCGAAACUUGCGCUAUCGGAUGGCGUUACAAUGCAACUAACCGUGCGUACUACCGAUCCAGAUGUUGCCGAACUUGUCACAUCUGCCAUCGGAUAGGAUUAAGCCAGUUAGUUGUUUGAGCAUCUGCAGGCGAAUAUAAAUGUUAUUAUGUUGGUUAAGAUUAAAAUGAGUAAACCGCUAAUGCCAUUCGAGAAUUUUGCAAAGAAAUACUUCCCAACACACAGUUGCAUUUUAUUUGGCUAUCAACAGCAUCUAACACUUCGAAUUAUGUGAUACAACUAAACUACGUGGGAGCUACUUGUAGGGAACAGAUUGUGCUUUGCAAGAGAAGGAGGAGUAUAAUGUGCAACUAAGUGGGCGAAAAUAAAAAUAGGAAAAAGUAUAUUAUAACACAAUUAUAGUUAUUAAUUUCAUAUUAUCUGUAGAUGAGCUAAAACUCUGCUACAACAAGCGGUUCAUGUUAAAAAUAUAUUUUGUUUUUAAUUAAUAAAGCACAUACUUGUUUAUUAAUGCAAAAGUUUGUGUGACUACUCGAGUUCAGUGCACAUUUCUGCGAACGAUGUAAUGAAUAUUGUAUUUCAAAAAAUAUAUUUUUUUUAAUUCAGUUCAAAUGUUUGUAAACACUAAAAGCAAAUGUAUUCCAUAUUCUGUAAAUUUUUAAACGUAAAUGUAACGAUGUUUUGACAUUUUCUUAGUACUAUAUGUAAGGAUAUCACUAAUUGCAACACAUGCAGGCAUUAGUGUUUUACUUGUAUUGCUAAAUAUAUAUAUGAAAAUUAAUAUCAAUAAAAAUAUUACCAAAACGCA